GAAAAAUAGGCUCCAUACCAUGGAUAAUAACGAUAAUAACGAUAAUAAUAGUAAUAACAAAAGUAACAAUAAAUUAAGACGUGGUAAGACUGAAAAUAUACACCAGAGAAAUGGCCGAUCGAAGAAAUACAACAGCUGGACGUUUUGAAGAGUAAAUUGUCUACAAUCAUGGCUCACUUCACGGUUCACGCACGAUGAAACCGGCUCUGAAGAUGGGCAUGAUUGCCCUCGUCGGUAUCUGCGUCGUGUUUUACCAGUACCACCUGUCCUUCGGGAUUCGAGUUGAGCAAAUACCCACAUUGAAAUUUGAUUUGAAUGCCGGGCAACCCCCGGAUGGUCCUGAUGGAAUCGCGCUGAACAGCGACACCUACGGCUGUAGCAUCGCGAACCAGAAGCUCACCGAAGAAACGAUUCGAUACGCGGUGGACGCGGUCAGAAUGUCGAACGGCUUCGGGCCCGACAUCGGAGUGCAGUUGACGGAGGAAAUUCUGAAUCACCUGAACAAAUUGACGAUCGGUACUCGCGGAAAGGACAGGCCGCUGUCCCAAAUCUCUGCCGCAGAUAAAUUCGCCGACGAAAACCCCCUCUACAUAAUCACCCCGACUUACCGCCGUCCGGAACAAAUCCCGGAACUCACGAGAAUGGCCCACACUUUGAUGCUCGUGAAGAACAUCCAUUGGCUCGUCAUCGAAGACGCCCAUACCGCCACUCAACAAGUCACUGACCUCCUCCAACGGACGGGACUUAAGUACGAACAUCUCGUUGCCCCGAUGCCGGAGCAGUACAAAAAGAAGAACGGUGCAAAACCUCGAGGAGUUUCGAACAGGAAUCGAGGUCUUCAAUGGAUUAGAGCAAAUGCGACGAACGGGGUUUUUUAUUUUGCUGACGAUGACAAUACCUACGACAUUAAGCUCUUCGACGAGAUCCGCACAACUCGAAAAGUCUCGAUGUGGCCAGUCGGCCUUUGCACAAAGUUCGGUCUAAGUACGCCGAUAGUCAAGAACGGAAAGUUCAUCGGUUUUUACGACGGAUGGAUGGCUGGACGGAAAUUCCCCGUUGAUAUGGCGGGUUUUGCAGUUAGCGUAAAGUUUUUGUUGGCGCGACCGAAAGCCAGCAUGCCGUUCAGGCCCGGCUACGAGGAGGACGGGUUCCUGAAAAGCCUGGCGCCGUUCAACCCCAGCGAAAUAGAGCUUCUGGCUGAGAACUGCAGCCAGGUUCUCGCCUGGCACACGCAAACCAAGAAGAACGAGCCGAGCGCGGCCCUCGACAAGGAGAAAUACGCUUCAACGAAUUUGAUCAAACUGAAGCAACAAAUAGUAUGAUUAAAUGUGAGGGGCGUUAUAGCGAUAAUCGAUAUCGGUCUCAACUAGACGGCGUCUCUCGAUGACUUUUACACAGACACGUCGUAAACCUAGUGCCUAAGCUGUAUCUUCCUUACUCGAGAUAUGACGUACCUACACUAUAGAUACCUAAAAACGAGCAGUGCUAUUAUUGUUAUUAUUGCUAAACGUUAUAACGGCUGCUACUGAAAUCAGGGUCGACUUUACAAUUUGUUUUUAGCGAGUCACGCCAACUUGGAAUCAGUACUGAAUACGUUACUGUUUACAUAUUAUUGGGUCAAAAUGAUCGCAAUACAUUAUA